AUACUCUUCCUCUUCCAUUGUUAGAUUUGGAGGUUAAAAAGCACCAGUCACUCGUUUAUCUAUCACGCUCUCCAAGGGCAGCUCUUGCCUUCUUUUGUCUCGUCGAAUUAUUAUUAUUCCUUGGAGAACAAACUAAGAUAGAGGUUUGUUCGCUUCGACCAGUUCGACCCUUUCUCUAAAUCGUAAUUUCAUUCACGGAGCGUAAACAAAAGCGGAGUGGAACGACACCCACGCCGCCCCCUUCAGAUAUUUUCGCCUUCUAGUACUGCACUUCCGAGCCAAUCGGCGGUCCGCACUGUCCGCAGUAGCAACACAAAAAAAAAAUAAAAAAAAAAAAAGGAAAGUGACAAAAACUCGCGCCGUCGUAUCGCGCGGUAUAGCGGUAUACGCGCGCAUAUUCGCAUAUAUCGUCGCGGCCCAUUUUAGUCGCGGUAGAUCGCGAUGGAACACGCCCAUUCCGCGCUUAUGCAAUCGUAAAUAUCGCCGCGAAAUCGACGCGUUUUUAUGGGCACCGCGUUUUCAAUUAGCUUCACGUACGAGUGUAUCCCUUCCGCGCGUCGCGGACGAAGAUUAUCGCGUCCGAUUAUCGGAGCGAGUUGACAGCUCGACGCUCGGACGUUCGGAUCGUUUCCAUCUGUCUCUCAUUUCUUGCGGCGGGAAGCGAACUCGGCACGGACGCUUAACGGUGCGAUAAAAAGUAAUAAAUCAUUCGAUGGUUAAUCAAAGACCUAUGGUGCAGGCCAAGUAUGAAUUGCUAACCAAACGACAAACGCGCUGGAGAACACAAGUCGUCUGCCUCAUUUUGUCAUUCCUGUUCGUUGCGGUGCUGUUUGUCACGCGCGCCUGGUUCGGCAUACUCCUGCUGAAGACAUCGCGAGCCGACAGAUUCGUCGAGGAACACAUUGACGAUGCCAAGAUUGCUACGUGGCUACGUCGGGCUCGGAUGUACGCCGAGUCGGCGAAGGAGAAUCAGAAUGCGGACAGGAACACAAGUUUCGGCACAUCGGAGCAAUACCACCACGAUACAACCAGCCAGGUCCUCGUAUGCUACUAUACAAUACCGGGGGACCUGAACACGUCGUGGGAGCUCAGUCCGUCGCACAUUGACCCUCAUAUUUGUACGCAUAUUAUCGUGGGUUUUGCGGGCGUGGUGAACAGUACGCUCGACAUAGGUAACAAUGCGUGGGUGUACGAGCGAGUAGUCGCUCUAAAAAAUCUCAAACCAAACUUGAAGGUCAUGAUUAGUGCCGGCGGAUACAAUGAGCUCCACGAUGGUUUCUCCGAGAUGGUGAAAAAUCACGCAAAUAGAAAAAAGUUUAUCCAAUCAGUAUUAAAUGUAACUAAGACUUUCCGCUUGGACGGCUUUGACGUUGACUGGGAGUUUCCAGCCUGGUUAGGAGCGGACGAUCGCGAAAGGAUACGCUUUGUGCAGCUGUUAGAAGAAUUACGAAAGGAAUUUGAUCAUAGCGGACAAAAGUUAAUUUUAACUGUAGCGGUUGCAGCACCACAGGCCAUUGUAGAUCAGAGUUACAGUAUUCCUGAAAUGGCAGAGCACGUCGACUUUAUAAACCUUAUGUCGUACGAUUAUCACUUUUAUGUUUGGUACUUCCCAGUGACAGAUCUGAACGCCCCGCUCUUUCCUCGUUGCUCAGAGACAGGCUAUUUGUCCACAUUAAAUGUGAAUUUCUCUGCUCAAUACUGGAUGGCGAAGGGAAUGCCGCGAGAGAAGAUUGUCGUCGGCAUACCGGCUUAUGGCCACUCCUACAAACUGGACAAUCCAUUGAAUCAUAAUUUACAAGCACCAGCCAACGGAUUCGGAAAGCUUGGCGUAAAGGGUUUCGUGUCUUAUCCUACGGUUUGUCAAUUUCUUAAAUCCGGAGCUACGAGCGUCUUUAAUAAGGAGAGCCGUGUACCAUAUACGUUUAAAGGCAGAGAAUGGAUAUCUUAUGACAAUGAGGAGAGCGUUCAUUACAAGAGUACAUGGAUUCGUACCAAUGGCUUUAAGGGAGCCAUGAUACUAUCUUUAAAUGUUGACGAUUGGAACGGCACUUGCUACGGUGCAAACGAAACGUUUCCUUUGACACGUACCAUCUCGAAAGUAUUAUUUAAGGAGUCGGACAAGUAACAAGAUGUCAAAUGUCAAUAGAAAUACUUUAAAUACGCGCAAUCAAUGAAUCUAACUAUUCCGAAAGCUUAAAGCUUACAUUGAAAUGAUCCAUUCCAUUACAUUCCUAUUUAAUGUAUUACUUGAUAUAUAUACUCUACCUCAGUUGCUCAAAAAUUGUUUUAUACAAAUAAGUUGCGGAAGUAUUUUAAUCACCUAGUAUUAUAUGCUGACUAAUAGGGCAUAGCACUUGUACCUGGUUGAGUCAAAUCAAAAAUAUUUAAACGCGAAAAUAUUUAUUUAUACGCGUUAAAUUGUAUAUUAUGUAAAGAUACAUAUGGCGUUUGCUACGUGGCUAUUAUUUCCGUAUGUUUUACAAGCAAAUAAUAUCCGAAAUAAUUUUAAAGUACUCUGUAUAUAAAAUAAUUUCGAAAAGAGAUAUUAAUAUAAUCAUUAAUGAAAAUUCUAAUCGAUUCGAAAAUGCUAUAUUAUCCAGAAUUGUAAGCAUAUAUAAGCGUCAUCUGUUUUCAGAGUAGAUUUUUAAUUCGCGUCAACGUCAGUUUUACUUUUUUAAGUACGUGUAGAUAAGAUAAUUAUUGUUAUAAGUAUUUAAGACAUGUUAACUGAUCUCAUUAUAACAAUAUCACGAAGUAUAAAAUAUAUGAAACUGUUUUGCCCGAAA